AUGGCCGUGCUUCAGAGAGCAUCGACAGCCAGCACCGACUUUUUUGUGGGUUUGCUUCCGGUUCACGUCCUAAUGGUAGUGAUCCUGGUGUCCGGCAUGGCCAUGCUGUGGCGGGUUAGCCGGGCGCGGGACGUGUACCUCGUGGACUACGGCUGCUUCCUGGGCGAGCCACGUUACAGGAUCCCCUCGGCGAUGGCCCUGGAGCACGCACGCCUCAUGACCGACAUCAUCGAGGAGGAGAGCGCCGACUUCAUGGCUCGGCUGCAUGAGCGGUCCGGGAUCGGCGAGGAGACCAGCGUGCCCGACUCGUACCGCUAUAUGCCCCCCGAGCGCGGCGUGGAGGCUUCCCGGGUGGAAGCCGAGCUGGUCAUCUCCUCCGCCGUCGACAAGGUGUUCGCGAGGACCACGGUGAACCCCAAGGACAUCGACACGCUCAUCGUCGCCUGUAGCUUCACCACGCUGACGCCGGUGUUCGCUGACGUGGUCGUGAACAAGUACAGGCUCCGCGCGGACGUGCAGAGCGUGAACCUGUCCGGGAUGGGGUGCAGCGGGGCGCUCAUCUGCGUCGGCCUCGCCCAGAAACUCCUGCAGGCGGCGCCGCCAGGGAAGCACAAGCACGUGCUGAUCAUAGCCACCGAGAUCCUGUCGUCGAUGUUGUACAACGGCACCAAGCGCGAGAUGCUUGUGCCGAAUGUGCUGUUCCGCAUGGGCGCCGCCGCCAUGAUCAUGACCAACUCACCGGAACGCGCGCGGUUCCGGCUCGGUCCGAUCGUGCGCACGCUGACCGCCGCGCGGGACAGCGACUACCGGUGCGCAUUCCAGGAGGAGGACGACAAGGGGAUCACGGGCAUCAACCUCUCAAAGGAACUUCCCGUGGUUGCUGCGAACGCGCUCAAGAGUCACAUCGUGGCCUUCUGUCCCAGGGCCCUGCCUGCGUUGGAGCUUCUCCGGGUCGCCUUCUCCCUCGUCAAGCAAUACGUGUUCCCGCAGCCGAGAGCAACUGGGCGAGCGGAGAAGGGCGCGCGGCCGGCCUUCAACAAGGUGUUCCAGCACUUCUGCAUCCACCCGGGCGGGCGCAGGGUGCUCCACGAGGUGCAGCGUGGCCUCGGCCUCUCUGACCGUGACAUGGAGGCGUCGCACAUGACGCUGCACCGGUUCGGGAACAUGGCCAGCAGCUCGCUGCUGUACGAGCUGGCCUACAUCGAGGCCAAGGGCCGGAUGAGCAAGGGUGACCGGGUGUGUAUGAUCUCCUUCAGCCCCGGCAUAGACUGCAGCAGCGUCGUAUGGGAGUGCAUCAACCCGGCGGCGGCAGAUCCCAACGGACCCUGGGCCGCCUGCAUCCACCGCUACCCUGUGCACGCGCAGGCGCAGCAGCUUCCCCAAAUUGCCAAGAUGACCUAA